AUGGAGGAGGCGCUGGCGGAUCUAGAGAGAAUCCAAACUCGAAUCCUCCAACGCAUUUCGGACCUUGAACUCUUGUGUUUACCUCAACACUUCUCCCAAUCUGUAUCCAUCUCUGCCGCGGCCGCCGAUAACUCCACCACCGAAGGCCGCCUUUCUGCGAUUCUCCGCUCCAACGGUGUCAAGGACUUCUCGUUUAAGCGUGUCCCUUCCGAUUACUACGCCUGGACUCUCGAGGCCCGCCGUGACGUCCUCGAUGCCGCCUCCAUUCAUCAUCUCUGUAAGAGCAUUGUCCUGGUAAAUACUCAAGCCCCAGCGAAUGUAACUGAUUGUAGGGAUCGUAACAAUUCCAAGUACUACGUGGUUGUCGUACAGUAUACUGCUCGAUUUAAUGCUGAGGCUGUCAAGAACUUUUUUUAUGCUCUCAAUGAUGGAAAGAUAUCAAAGAAGAAAUUCAACAUGAGGCUUGCUCCAGAGGAAACAUCAGUAAAAUUAACUGGUUAUGAGCACAAUGGAGUAACAUGUAUUGGCAUGAAAACAGAUAUUCCGGUUAUUUUGGACGAAGCAAUAGUGAAGCUGAUCCCAGAUUUCUUCUGGUUGGGAGGUGGAGAGAUUGAUCUUAAACUGGGGAUCAAGACUUCAGAAUUUAUCGAUUUUGUAAACCCAUUCAUUAUUAACUGUAGCGGUUGUUGA